UUGAUCAAAUAUAAACUGCGCCCAUGUGAGGAAUAAUGAUAUCUGCCAAGGCUUCACGACUACUGCUAAACAUGUGACCUUAGCGUGCCAGUUCGUGGUUUUCCGUACGGCACUUUUCAGACCUAACACUGGGAAUAGUAAAAAUAACACCACCAUUCCAUACUCCGGGAAUUAGACUAUCGAACAUGGACAUUAAGGACCAAGGCGCUCAAAUGGAGGCGCUACUGCCAACGGUGUCAACUCCUGGACACAGAAGUGUGAGAAAUGAUGAAGAGGCUGUGGUGGACAGAGGUGGAUACCGGUCCAUGCUGAAAACCAAUUUUGAGAAGGAGGAACUCGAAGGUCACAGGACACUCUACAUUGGGGUACAUGUCCCCAUUGGGAAGAAGAGCCACCGGAGACAUCGACAUCACGGACACAAACACAGGAAGAGAAGCAGGGAGCUGGAUUCUGGAGUGGACAAUGGAAGAGAGUCUCCCACAUACUACACGCCAUCCCAGAGAGUGCAGUUCCUGCUGGGCACAGAGGAUGACGACGAGGAGCACAUCCCCCAUGACCUCUUCACUGAGCUGGACGAGAUCUGCCUGAAAGACGGAGAGGACGCCGAGUGGAGGGAAACCGCCAGGUGGCUGAAGUUCGAAGAGGACGUKGAGGAUGGAGGAGAGCGCUGGAGUAAGCCCUACGUGGCCACGCUGUCCCUGCACAGCCUGUUCGAGUUGCGCAGCUGCAUCCUCACAGGCAUCGUGCUGCUCGACAUGAGGGCCAGCUCCGUGGAGGAGGUAGCAGACAUGGUGUUGGACCAGCAGGAGACCGUGGGUCCACUGGGGGACGAGGUGAGGAGGAAGGUGAGAGAGUCCCUCCUCAAACAGCACCACCACCAGAACCAGAAGAAGCUGGCUAACCGCAUCCCCAUUGUACGCUCCUUCGCUGACAAGAAGCAGUCCGAGCCCCAGUCCAUGGACAAGAACGGUCAGGUGAUUCCCCAGACCUCUCUACCCAUCCCCAAUGAUGGCAAAGCUGAAGUCAGCAGAGAGAACAGUGCUGUGGACUUCAGUAAGAUAGACCUCCAUUUCAUGAAGAAGAUUCCCCCGGGAGCGGAAGCGUCCAAUGUGUUGGUGGGCGAGGCGGAGUUCCUAGACAAGCCUGUGGUGGCGUUUGUACGUCUCUCACCUGCAGUCAUGCUCAACGGGCUGGCUGAGGUCCCCAUCGUUACCAGGUUCUUGUUCAUUCUACUAGGGCCUCUUGGGAAAGGGCCACAGUACCAUGAGAUUGGCCGAUCCAUCGCAACACUAAUGACAGACGAGGUUUUCCAUGAUGUUGCCUACAAAGCGAAGGACCGCAAUGAUCUGAUUGCUGGAAUCGAUGAGUUCCUGGACCAAGUUACUGUCCUGCCACCAGGGGAGUGGGAUCCUUCUAUACGAAUAGAGCCACCAAAAAAUGUGCCGUCUCAGGAGAAGAGGAGGAUUGCAGCACAGACCGGCACAGACCUAGGUGACGAAGAGGAGCACGAGGGACAUGGUGGUCCGGAGCUGCAGCGUACAGGACGAUUAUUUGGUGGUCUCUUGUUGGACAUCAAACGCAAGGCGCCCCACUACCUGUCCGACUACACAGACGGUCUCAGUCUGCAGUGUUUGGCCUCCUUCCUCUUCCUGUACUGUGCUUGCAUGUCACCUGUCAUCACGUUCGGCGGUUUACUGGGAGAGGCAACAGAAGGACGCAUAAGUGCAAUUGAAUCACUGUUUGGCGCCUCAAUGACAGGAAUAGCUUAUUCCCUCUUUGCUGGCCAGCCACUCACCAUAUUGGGCAGCACAGGGCCUGUGCUGGUGUUUGAGAAGAUAUUGUACAAAUUCUGCAAGGAGUAUGGAUUAUCCUACCUCUCACUGAGAACCUGUAUAGGGCUGUGGACAGCAUUCCUCUGUCUGCUCCUGGUAGCCACAGAUGCCAGCUCCCUGGUCUGUUACAUCACACGAUUCACAGAGGAGGCCUUCGCCUCGCUCAUCUGCAUCAUCUUCAUCUACGAGGCCUUGGAGAAGCUCAUCCACCUGGGGGAACACUACCCCAUCAACAUGAACAACAACCUGGACAAACUCACACGAUACUCGUGUUCAUGUGUUGAACCUCCGGAUCCCAGUAAUGCCACCCUACGGUACUGGGAGCAGAACAACAUCACUGCUUCGGAGAUCUAUUGGGAGGCACUUGAGGUCAAGGGCUGCAUAAAGAGGCGAGGGGAGUUUGUGGGCACCGCCUGUGGCCCUCAUGGACCCUACAUUCCAGAUGUUCUCUUCUGGUCUGUCGUUCUCUUCUUCUCCACUGUCUUGAUGUCGGCUUUCCUCAAAGAGUUCAAGUUCAGCCGUUACUUCCCCACCAAGUUGAGAGCUGUCAUCAGUGACUUUGCUGUGUUCAUCACCAUCUUUACCAUGGUCCUGGUGGACUAUGUCUUAGGGGUCCCAUCUCCAAAACUAAAAGUCCCCAGUGUGUUUAAGCCGACCAGAGAUGACCGUGGUUGGUUGAUCAGCCCGUUAGGCGGMAACCCUUGGUGGACCACCUUAGUAACAGUGAUCCCUGCUCUGCUCUGCACUAUCCUCAUCUUUAUGGACCAACAGAUCACCGCAGUCAUCAUCAACAGGAAGGAACACAAACUAAAGAAAGGCUGUGGGUACCAUCUGGAUCUGUUCGUGGUGGGCAUCAUGCUGGGAGUGUGCUCCAUCAUGGGGCUGCCCUGGUUCGUGGCUGCCACCGUGCUCUCCAUCUCCCACGUCAACAGUCUGAAGCUGGAGUCGGAGUGCUCGGCCCCCGGGGAACAGCCCAAAUUCCUGGGCAUCCGGGAGCAGCGCUUCACCGGCCUCAUGAUCUUCCUGCUCAUGGGCUGCUCCGUCUUCAUGACCUCUGUGCUCAAGUAUAUUCCCAUGCCUGUCUUGUAUGGAGUAUUCCUGUACAUGGGAGCAUCUUCGCUCAGAGGAAUACAGUUCUUUGACCGUCUGAAGCUGUUUGGCAUGCCAGCCAAGCACCAGCCAGACUUCAUCUACCUGAGAUACGUUCCCCUGAGGAAGGUCCACCUCUUCACCAUCAUCCAGCUCAGCUGCCUGGUCAUGCUCUGGGUCAUCAAGACCUCCAAUUAUGCCAUCGUCUUCCCCAUGAUGGUGUUGGCUCUGGUGUUCAUUAGGAAGCUGAUGGAUUGCUUCUUCACCAAGAGAGAGAUGAGCUGGCUGGAUGAUCUCAUGCCAGAGAGUAAGAAGAAGAAAUUGAAGGAUGCUGAAGAAGAGGAGGAGGAGCAAAGCAUGUUGGGAGAGGAAGAGGGAGUAGUGCAAUUACCAUUAGAAGGAUAUCAAAAGAGUGAAUCCGUACUCAACAUCACAGAUGAAAUGUCCAAAGGCUCUUUUGGAAACACGUGGAAUGUCAACUCCGACAACUCAAAAUGGUAUUGCAUUGCCUCAAGCAUGUAUACCCAAAAUCAGCACAUUGGAGUUGAUACAUUUUUCCAUUUAAAAUGUAUCUUUGUUUUUCUUCUGUCAGUUUGUAUAAAAAUGUGUCUUAAUUUAAGAUAUGUGCAUGUAACUCAAACUUUCUUGCACAUUUCCCCAUGGCAUCAAUCCUUGUGAAAAUAUGGACUUUGUUGAGAAUAUCUCAAGUUAGGAAUCCUCCUAUACUGAAUAGAUAUUGUGUUAUAACCAUUAUAUUGGAAACUGAUGACAAUGUACCAUUGAAUUCAUAAAAUGCCUCAUAUUGACCAAGUUCCAUGCUCAUAUAGAGAAUUUUCAGAAUAUUGAUAUGUCAUUGCUAUUGUAUAUGAACGAAAUUACAGAUUCACCAUUCGGUUGAAACUAGAUGCUACUUAGAAAGGAGUUGUCUCUCCAAUUUUAGAACUGAUGAGUUUCUUGACUGUAUUUUCCCAUUCCAUCUCUGUCAUAAACUCCCUUAUGU